UACCCUGUAUCUGUUGUACUGUUGCGGACGAGAAUCGUGUGGAGCGAAGAUGGGUGUUCAUAAUUAUUCUUAUUUCUGAUUUUGAAAAGUCGAAUAUCGUAGUUCCUCCCCGGAAAGAGAAAAAAAAUAUAUAUAAAAAAAGAGACGGCUUCAUAUUUUGAAACAGAAAUGAUUCAUCCAUCAGUGAACUCUCCCCUCAACAUUGAUGAAGAAGAAUCGUUUCUGCUAAAGGAAGAAGAUGAAGCAAGUAGUGAAGAAGUCCUUCCUCAAAUCAUGCAUUUAAAACGAAGUCAAUGGUGGAUCUUUGUUUUUAUCAGCAUCUUCUUCCUCAUCUCUGCUCAAGCCGUAGCUGUUCUUCUCGGUCGCUUUUACUACGACCAAGGAGGAAACAGUAAAUGGAUCUCCACUCUUGUCCAAACCGUUGGCUUUCCGAUUCUCUAUCUCCCUCUUUGUCUCCUUCCUGCUUCUCCACGCACUUCUUACUGUUCCUUCAAGACUCUAGUUUGGAUCUAUCUUUCUCUUGGUCUCGCUAUUGGUUUGGACAAUCUGUUAUACUCUUACGGGCUUUUGUUACUCUCUGCUUCAGCUUAUUCGCUUAUUUGCGGCACACAGUUGAUUUUCAAUGCUGUCUUCUCUUAUUUAAUCAAUUCUGAGAAGAUCACUUUUUGGACUGUCAUGUCAAUAUUUUUCCUUACUGUCUCUGCUCUAGUGAUUGCUCUUGACGAUGAUUCAAACAGUCCAUCCGGAGGUUCUAAGUGGAUUUACGUGAUUGGGUGCUUGCUUACACUUCUUGCUUCUCUCAUCUACUCUCUUCAGCUUUCUCUUAUGCAAUUUUCAUUCGAGAAGAUCAUCAAGAAAGAGACGUUUGCUAUGGUUCUUGAAAUGCAAAUCUACACAUCUCUGGUGGCAUCUUGUGUUUCUGUUAUCGGGUUGUUUGCGAGUGGGGAGUGGAAGAUGUUGAGAAUGGAGAUGGAAGAGUUUCACAAGGGUCACGUGUCGUAUGUUUUAACUCUUGUCGGGACAUCAGUUUCAUGGCAAUUGGGUUCUGUAUCAGCUGUGGCACUUAUAUUUCUGGUUUCUUCGCUGUUUUCGAACCUUAUCGGUACCCUCUCUCUCAUUGUUACACCUCUUGCAGCACUUGUGGUGUUCGACGACAAGCUGACUGUGGCUAAGAUUGCCGCAAUCAUCUUCGCCAUCCCGGGCGUAGCUUUUUAUAUGUAUAAGAAUUAUCUCGAUGGCUUGAUAGUAGAAAGAGCAAGAGAAUCUCUGGCUGAUUGAUUCUACAAGGUGUUCGAUUAGUGAUUAUUCAGGACAAGCUUAUGGUAUUUAUGUUGUAUAUAUAGUUUCUGAUUUUUGUCUUUGUGUAUACUAGCGUUCCUAAUCCAGUUAUAAGAUGAUGACAUCCAACAA